AUGUCGGCUCUCGGCCCUGAAUCAAAGGAAAGCAGCCCCGGUGAUGAUGAAGGUGAAAGGUAUCAGCCAUGUUUAGCCUCUGGUCUUGUUUCAGCCAAACUAACUAUUGUGAUUGGAGAUACACACUUUUCUGAAGAGAAGACAUUACUUGUUCAAAGCUGUGACUAUUUCCAAGCUCUGUACCGCUCUGGAAUGAAGGAAAGCCACCAGGAUGUGAUCCACCUACAGUGUGUGCGUGCUCGAGGGUUCCUCCUUGCCUUGGCAGUUCUACAUGGGGAGAUGCCGGCUCUGGAGGAAGACGACAUUGUUGAGGCGAUUGAAUGUGCUGCUUUUUUACAGAUUACACUGCUCACAAAGCACCUUAUCAACCUCAUCGACACCGACAACUGUCUGCUGAUGUAUCACACUGCUGCAAUGUUCGGACUCACGGACCUUCACCACGCCGCUGCGCUCUUCAUCCGAGACAUGUACAGUGACCUGGAGACAGAGAUCAAGACGAUCCUACCAUCUGAGCUGAUCUCAUACAUCGAGUCUUUGACACCAAGUGUUUUUGUGGCUGUAGGGGCUCACGUGAGCUGCGGCAGGGACACUAGCAUCCACGCCGCCUCCAGGACAGUCUGCUACCUGGAUGAAAAGGAAAACCAUUGGAAAGUACUGACAGAUCUCCCACUGGAAGCCAGCACCUCUCUGGCUGGGGUCACUGUUUUAGACAACAAACUUUACAUUGUUGGAGGAGUUCAUGGAGUUUACAAACAAGUUGUGGAGUCUUGUUUCUGCUACAAUGUUGAGAAUGGCAACUGGACAAGGAUUGCCAGCCCAGCACAACUCCGUUAUAAUUUAAGCCUUGUGGGUGUAGAUGGUUGCCUUUAUGCCAUUGGAGGGGAAUAUGAACGAACAGUGAUGUCAUGUGUGGAAAUAUACAACACAAGCAGAGACACGUGGACACUUGCUGCUCACCUACCUCGACCAGCAGCAGGAGCUGCUUGUUCCAAAACAAUGAGCAGGAUUUUUGUGUGUUUGUGGAGGCCAAUGGAGACCACAGAGAUCUACGAGUAUGUCCUGAGGAAAGAUGAGUGGCAGCUCAUUACAACACUAAUCCGAUACCACAGCUAUGGCCACUGUUUGGUCGGCCACAAAGACAACCUGUAUGUCAUGAGGAACGGCCCAUCGGAUGACUUUCUGAGGUGCUUGAUGGACUGCUACAAUCUGAGCUCUGGUCAGUGGUCAUCCCUACCGGGACAUUUUGCCAACAGCAAAGGUUCAUUGUUCACAGCUGUGGUUAGAGGCGACUCUGUGCUCACUCUAAACAGGAGCGCAACUUUAGAGUAUAAAGUGGAGGGUAAAAACUGGAAGCCCAGGCGAAAGAUGAAGGGUUUCCCCAGGAGUGGAUCAGUGUGGACGUUCCUGCUCCGACUGCCUGAUGUUUCCAAGCUUCAGCGCCAAGUAUCUAACUUUAUCACAUAG